GGAACUUUGGCAACAUUCGAACACUCAUGCGGCAUUUUCACUCAGCAUGGCAGGUGGUCAAGUUGAAUUUACAUCCAGAUAAUAGUUAAAUACACAGAUCCCAUGACUUUUAAAACAGGUUCAGUAAAAUUCAGCCCUAUUUAGUACCUCCAUUAAGAAACCUUAGUCAUCAUCCGCCCAAAAUAUCACAAGCCUUAUUAACGCUUAGAAGGUGUGUUGCUGGACAAUUCAAUAUUGUUUUAAUUUUGCUUUAAAACUUUUGCGCAUACUUUCAUAAAACAGAAAUUAUUCUUGACGGCGGAAGAAAUAUUGGAUAAAAUUUUCAAGUGAUUCUGUUGAUCAGUUUUUCCGUAAAAGAUUGAAAAGUUUAAGAUUUGGCAACAUGGUGCCUCAGCACAAUUGACGCUUGUAAUACUUGAGCCAGAAGAUGAGGAUAAGACUAUAACUUAGCAGUGGAUGGUGACAAAUGAUAAAGAGUUUUGGGCAGAUACCGACGAUUCUCCUCAGGCACACACAGCAUCGAAAGCUCGACGCACUAUGACGUCAUUCUUUCUUCCAUGUUAAUCAGAAUGCUUCAAUGAAGAACGAAAGUCCAGUCCCAUCCAAAGCAGAAAUGGAAAUGAGGGAGGAAAAAGUAAAGACCUACCUUAGCGAAAAAAUCAGAGACCUCCGGCGCGGUCUCAAAAAUUGCAAGAAAGUUUCGAAAGAAACAUUGGAAGCAGUUAAGGAAGAAACAUCAGAAGCAGUUAAGGAAGAAACAUUGGAAGCAGUUAAGGAAGAAACAUCAGAAGCAGUUAAGGAAGAAACGUCAGAAGCAGUUAAGGAAGAAACGUCAGAAGCAGUUAAGGAAGAAACAUCAGAAGCAGUUAAUAUGGAAACAUCAGAAGUAGUUAAAAAAGAAACAUUGGAAGCCGUUCAGGAAGAAAGCUAAGUAGGAAAGUUGGGUACUUUAGCGACUACUCUUUUGUACGUAUCAAACUUCAGUUUCUUAAAAUAGUUCAUAGCACCCAUCAUAGGUGAUGUUCACCGCAAGAAAAGAUUUUCAAAUAUUAUGAUACCUAUUAAUUUUUAAUCAUUUUGGAAAAGAAGUUUCCAAUUUCAUUUUUCUGUACUUUUUUAUAAUACAUUUCAUAGACAUUUCAA